AUGGCUGCUUCAAGCAGAGGCCGCCGCGCCCUGGGAUCCUUGAUAGCAGGUUCAUCCACCGUCUGCUCGAGAUGCGCCACGACGUCUGCCCGGGCUCCCUCGCGGCUGUACUCGGCCACCGCCGCAGCCGGCCCGGCGAGCCCCUCGUCUGAAGCCGCAGCCGCAGCCGCAGUUGCCGCCGCCGCGCCGCCGCCGUGCUACGACGUCCGGUCCGGGCUGGUUCUCACGCGGCCGCCCCUGCUGACGCGCAAGCUGCACCCGUUCGAGAACGCCUUCUUCUUCUACCAGAAGCGGCUGGAGGAGCGGCUCAACACGCCCUUCGUGACGAGCAUCUACUUCAAGCCCGACACGGCGCGCCGGCUGGACUGGAACCUCAAGGUGGGCGAGCGCCGGGGCACCGUGGCCAAGGACAUCGGCGUGUACAGCGGCAAGAGCGCGCGCGCGUGGGACGACGAGCUCCGCGCGGGCGACCCGCUCAGCGGCCAGGACAGCCUGGUGGACAGCCUGCUCCGCGACGCCGAGGCCCGCGUCAGCGACGACGCCGAGGUCAUCCCCGCCGAGGACGUGGUGCCCGUCGAGCGGCCCGCGCCGCGGGAGACCGAGGCCGACCGCGCGGGCGACCUGCGGCGCCUGGACAGGCAGCUGGACCGGACGCUGUACCUGGUCGUCAGGGGGGCGGGCGGCUGGGAGUUCCCGGCCGACCUGGUGGCCAAGCACGAGAACCUGCACGAGGCUGCCCGGCGGGUCAUGGACCAGGCGGCCGGGGUGAACAUGAACACGUGGAUCGUCGGCCGCGUGCCCGUCGCCCACGUCGUCGAGCAGCCCGUCCGGGAUGGCGAGGGCCUCGUCCAGACGCGCGGCCGCAAGACCUUCUUCCUCAAGGCGCGCAUCAUGGCCGGCCAGGCGGACCUGCACAGCAACCCCUUUGGAUAUACCGACUUCAGGUGGCUGACGCGGGAGGAGCUGCGGGAACAGCUGCCGGCGGACUACUUCCGCGGCGUGCGGAACAUGAUGUCGGAUCGGUGA